AUGACACCUCGUCUAACAACACUACUCACCAGGAACAUCCCUACCUGUAGAUUACCAACAUCGCUACCAUUCGGACGGUCGAUACAUACCUCACGCCGCUGCUUCAAAGGUUCAGCAUCCUCACCUCAAGUAGAAGGAGCAACUGACGUAUCACACGCAUCAUUCAUUUCAACAGCUUCGUCAAAAUCUAAUUUUAAUCCACUACAAACUCCUACAGCAGGUCAAGAAAUAAAUUCCUCAACAACAUUACAAUUAGAUAUCAACAAAUGGCAAGGUAAAUUAUCACCUACUUCUUCACACCUAUUUAAAUUACUUAUCCCAUUACCAAAAUCAUCAUCAUCACCAUCAUCAUCAUCAAAGACAAAUACAAAUACAAAUUCAAAUACAAAUGGAAAAGUAGAACCUAUACAAACCGCUUUUUUGUUACAUCCUUCACAACCUUUAUCCCAUUUAUCAAGAUUGAUAACAGGCUCAUUACCCAGAUCAUAUAACGAUUCCGAAAUAACUUAUCUGGCUGUGACGGGUGAAGCUAAAGAUAUCGAUACUCAUCUAAGAAACGCUGAAGAAGAAAAUGAAAACCCAGAACAAGUUGUUCAAGAACAUCAAGGAAAGAAACAACAGGAACAACAAGAAGGGGGACCUUUUUUAGAAGAAAGAAAAGCGAAUAAAGGUAGAUGGCAAGAAGUUUCUUGGUCACAAUCAACUGAUUUAAGUGAUUUCAUAAAACAAUCUUGUUUAAAUGAAAGGUUCAAAAUUGUUAUUUCACCUUUCAACGAGCCAAACGAGAGCAGUAUUAGUAGUGGUAGUAGUAGUGGCGAUAAUUCAGAUGCAAAUGUGACGAAAAAGAUCUCAUCAGAUAAACAGGAAUUGACAAUAGAAGUUAUGAUACCUAGUUUCGCAAGUAGAACACAUUAUAUUAGAAGAAGAUUAAUGACUUUGACUAAAGAAUUAGACAGAAUGACUAAACAGAAGAAAAAGAUCGACUUGAAAGCUCAUAAAGGCGCACAGAGAUUGGCUGUGGUAGCUUUAUCGGGUGGAGUGGUGUAUUGGGGCACAGUGAUAAGGUAUACUUUCUUCACUGACGCAGGAUGGGAUUUGAUGGAGCCUGUAACUUGGGCAACUGGAUUUGCAGCUUUAUUGAGUUCGGCAGCUUUCUUGAUAUAUCAUAAUAGAGAAGUAUCGUAUUCAUCCCUUUUAGACUUGAGUAUAUCUGCUAGGCAACGGAAGCUGUAUGAUCAAGCUGGAUUAGAUAUCGAAAGAUGGACAGAGAUGGUGGCAGAAGCUAAAACGUUGCGAAAAGAAAUAUCUCGUAUAGCAUCAGAUUACGAUAUCGAAUGGAGAGGCGAAUUGGAUAAUUUAGCUGAAGAAGCAUCGAAAUCGAUUCAAUCACGUAGGGAUGAAGUAGAUCAUCCAUCUAGUACGGUCUCAGCUUCAGCUUCACCUUCGACUGUAUCGUCGAGGAGUGUUACGAAUAAAGAGAAAGAAGAAGAAGAGGGAAGUCAUAAAGAUAAGAAGGAGGAAGAAAAAGAUGAUCAGGAAGAACAGGAAGAAAAAGAAGAAAAACUCGAUAUUGAUAAAACAAUAUCUGAAGCAUCGGAAUUAGCUGAACAAUCUGAAAAUUCAAAAUCAAAACAACAUUCUGCAGCUAGAAAAUCAAAUGACAACGAUGAUGACGAUCACCAUAAAGGAAAUGGUGAUAGAGGUUCUAAAGCUAGAAAAGGUGAAGAAAAAGAAAGCGAUAGUGAAGCACGAGGAAGAAAGAAGGCUAAAGAGCUCAUUGAUACUUGA